AUGAGUUGGCCUUUCCGUCGUGAUUCGCAUACGCCGAAGCACGUUUGGACUGCGCAAGAUCGUGAGCUUCUAGCUGUCUUACACAGGGUCUAUGAUAUUUCGUCUACGGACGUGACUAUUCUUUUCAAUUGCAUCAACAAGGAUCACCUUCGUCAACAAGGCUUCGCUCGUGGCCUGAAGACGACAACGAUAGCCGCGCAGUUAGGAGACCAAAAAAGAAAUGAUCGCGGAGGAAUCUUUAACUCCAUCCAAUCACUGACCCAAGCCGUCCUUGUCCGGAAGUAUCAGGGAUUGAUGUCGAGCAUUGAAAUCGCCGCCCGCGAUAAUGGAGUUUAUCUGAAGCGUAAAGAUAUCAAGACAGAGGCUACCGCGCAAAAGAGCCUUCCAACAGCAAAUAUUCAGGACUGGGAAGACGUCUUGACCGACAACAACACAGAAAUCCGAGACAACAGAAAUGAAAGAUAUUCAGCUUCGAAGAGGACAAGAGGAGUCAGCAUAACAUCAUGCUUUACAGAACCCUCGGCUAGGGCCACAUCAACACCUAGUAGUUUGCUGCUAUCAUCUGACGAGACAGAGUCGACUUUAUCUGAAUCAACGAGGUAUCAGCCUAGUUCAGAUUCCGAAGACGAUCCUUAUCUUCAUCUUGACAACAACGACUUCGAAAGCUCUGCGACCAAACUAAACCCACGAUUGAAAAUUCAAUUUGAUAACAAAGGACGACGUAGACUUUUACGACCUCGACUGUUGUUUCGCGCAUGCAACCCUGACCAUAAUCUAAGAGCACGAGAGUUCUUGACCAGACCUAUUUCUCUACCGCCAAUAGAUGAGCCGACUUUUACUGAAGUGGCCAAUCGACACUUACAUAUCGAGAAUUUCUCAUCGCCAUUCCUGUCAUGGACAGAUAGUCCUCGUCGAGCACUUCAGCUAGCCAUGAAGAGUCGUGAUAGCGACACCCCGCUCCACAUACAUAUAUUGGACUAUAAUGUUUAUGAGGAAGAGCAGGAACGUCGGUAUGGACGGAACAAUGGUAUCUGGUUGGUUCCCGACUUGUGUCGAAAAUAUCGCUUUAAACUACCUGGAGACUACAUAGGGGCAGGUGAAUUUCUCAGCUGGGGUUCAGUUGAAUGCAAGGCAGUUGGUUCGCUGAACAAUACUACAGCCGUGAAGCUGUACGAGCUAAUGCAAGGUCUCCGUGGACUUUCUCAUGAGUCUGGCAUUGCUGUCAGCAAGGUCCUUCAAGAUGUCUCCUCGAAGUAUAGAGAAGUUGUCGCUUACAAACUGCUGAGGGCCUUCAAGGUCAUGAGUAGAAGCCAACGUCCUUCUUCAGCCGAUUUCCAGGCGUUUUCCGAGGGCUUAUAUGGAAUGAACUUGGGCGAAAGCUCAACCGUCGAGGUACGCGUAUCAGCACCGUCAUGUAUCUUGAGAACAAUCACUGUCGAGAUUCCCUCACGCAAGCCUCAAGGUCCAAGUCUCAACCAUACUACGCCUCACCUUGACAUAUCCAAUGAUAAUCUCCAAGGACUUGUUGAUAGGCAACUAUCAAUCGAAUGUCACGCUUUUGGUAUCACGGUGGAGUCCGCGCGGGAAACCACUCCGAAUGCUGGUAAAGCAGCUGAACAGAUUGACGGUCUCUCUCACAUAUAUGACGAGGAGAACAUGAUCAAACAAGAGACGGAGGAUAAGUUCAUGGAGCAACUCAUUGAAUGCGCGACAAAGGAUUUAACUCCCCAGGCUUCGAACCUAGAUUCAGCGUCUGAACCAAUGUCAAUCCGCGAUGUCCCCUCGAGUGCUGCACUGGAACUCGAUACAUUCAAGGAGUCGGAAGACCUUAAGUUGCCGAAGCAUCCAUUGAAAAUUCAACCACACAGACGACCAAGGAAGAAUAUCGACAUCCGAACAGUGUUCAAUCAGACCAAAGCACAGCUUCAGUCUGCGACUACUUCCAAAAUGCCCGUGUUGUCGGGGGACAGGUCAAAAGAAACAACACCUCCUAAAACCUUCAACGACUAUGUAGACACAACAAUCGGCCCUCAGACCACAGCACCUACAUCUCAAGUACGACGGAAGAGGAAUCAACCCUUUUUUGAAAAGGCCGCCGAAGACAAUGAAGCUGCACCAGCCACCACGUUGAACGGACCUCCACAGACCGAUCCGACUACAAGUGAAACUGAAGAAGUUGAUCCGACAGGCGACAGCGCGCGCGCCGAACCUCUCCACAGCACCACAGCGGGUGUCGCAGGCUGGUCUCAAGACGGACUCGGUGCAGAUGUUCACCAAGUCAUCGACGAAGAGCGAGACGACACGGACCUCGAACUCAUCGGUUCUGGAACUGUCCGCCGCUGCCGCCGACGCCGAGUCCGCCGCACGACAACAAACAGACGAAGGACUGUAAUGGAAAUCCGGUCGCGAAGUGUCAGUGAGAGCCUGGGCCUGGGCCUUCGUGACCACAAGAGAAAGAAAGUGAAGACAUGA